AUGGCCGAGAAGUUUGAGUCGCUGAUGAACAUACAUGGCUUUGACCUGGGCUCACGGUACAUGGACUUGAAGCCUCUCGGAUACGGAGGGAACGGCCUGGUCUUCUCUGCCGUCGACACAGACUGUGACAAGCGUGUGGCUGUGAAGAAGAUUAUCUUGACCGAUCCCCAGAGUGUCAAGCACGCCCUGCGAGAAAUUAAGAUUAUAAGGCGCCUGGACCACGACAACAUUGUCAAGGUCUUUGAAACGCUGGGCCCUAGCGGUCGCAGGCUAACCGAGGAUGUGGUGUCCCUGACCGAGGUCAACUCGGUCUACAUCGUGCAGGAGUACAUGGAGACUGAUCUGUGUCAGCUGCUGGAGCGUGGCCUUCUCUCUGAAGGUCACGCCAGGCUCUUCAUGUACCAGCUCCUCAGGGGGCUAAAGUACAUCCACUCUGCCAACGUUCUGCACCGAGACCUGAAGCCCGCCAAUCUAUUUGUCAACACGGAGGACCUGGUGCUCAAGAUUGGCGACUUCGGUCUGGCCCGCAUCAUGGACCCCCACUACUCCCACAAGGGUCACCUGUCUGAAGGUCUGGUUACCAAGUGGUACAGGUCUCCCCGCCUGUUGCUGUCACCAAACAACUACACCAAAGCCAUCGACAUGUGGGCUGCCGGUUGUAUAUUCGCAGAGAUGCUUACCGGGAAAACACUUUUCGCGGGGGCUCACGAACUGGAGCAGAUGCAGCUGAUCUUGGAGUCAAUCCCAGUACUGCGAGAGGAAGACUGCCAGGAGCUCCACAGCGUCAUCCCCGUCUUCAUCCGCAACGACAUGUCCAAACCUCAGACGCCGCUUACCAAGCUGCUGCCUGACGUCAGUCCUCAAGCCCUGGAUUUCCUAGAGAAGAUUUUGACCUUUAACCCCAUGGACCGUCUCACCGCCGAAGAAGCUCUGGCUCAUCCCUACAUGGCCGACUACUCCUUCCCCCUGGACGAGCCCAUUUCUUUGCACCCGUUCCACAUAGAAGAUGAAGUUGACGAUAUCCUGCUCAUGGACCAGAGCCACAGCCAUACGUGGGACAGGUAUCACGAGAGCCAGUUGUCCGAGGCCGACUGGCACCUGCACAGCAUACAUGACCCAGAAGAAGUCCAAGUGGACCCGAGAGCCCUCUCUGACGUCACGGACGAGGAAGUGGUUCAGGUGGACCCUCGGAAGUACGCCGACGGCGAUCGGGAAAAGCUCCUGGACGAGCCUUCCUUCGACUACUCUGCGCCGUUCUCGUCGGAGCGUUCGUGGCCGGACGAGCACCACGAGAACAAAUACUGCGAUCUGCAGUGUAGCCACACGUGCAACUACAAGGCCGUGUCCCCCUCUUACCUGGACAACCUGAUCUGGCGGGACAGCGAAGUCAACCACUACUACGAGCCCAAGCUCAUCAUCGACCUCUCCAACUGGAAGGAGCAGCAGAGCAAGGAGAAGGCAGACCGCAAGGCCAAGAGCAAGUGCGAGAAGAACGGGCUGGUAAAGGCCCAGAUGGCCAUGCGCGAGGCCGAGAAGAUCCAGAGUGUGGCCGAGAAGAUCCAGAGUGUGGCUGAAAAGGACCGCGAGCAAGAGAAACAUCAGCCGCCUGGCCAGCGAGGCUUCGACUUUGACUCCUUCAUCGCCAGCACUAUCAAACUCAGCCUGCAGCCCGACACCCUCCAAGAGGUAGCACUCAACCAGGUGGGCCUCCUCAAUGAGCUGAAUUCUUCCGUCUCCCAGCUGGAGGCUCCCCGCUCGGGCUCUGUUUCCAAAUCCGUGAGUCAAGAGAAGGAGGAGAAGUGCCUGGUCAACCUGGCCCAGCUUGGAGGCUCCGCGGUGGUCGGCAGCGACGGCCCCUGGCCCGCGUGCCCUUGGGAGGCCUUCGGAUCGGGGGAGGUGUGCCGGGACGCCGGCUUCCAGAAAGAAAGCGCCUACACCAGCUACCUGGAUCACCUGUUCGGCCGGCCGGACGAGGGCGUCGCAGAGCCCGCCGUCCCCCUGGAGACGGAGACCCCGGAGGCCGGGGAGAACGAGUCGGACGAGGGCUUCCUGACCCGGAGCGCCGAGAUCGUGCUGAACGUGCAGUUGGACUCUCUGGGCCCGGACGAGCUGCCGCUGAAAUCCAUCCAGGCCUCGUUAACCCCCUGCGCUGUCAAAUGCUCUCCGCAAAUUGCCCACAAAACCUACAGCAGCAUCUUCAAACACCUUAACUAG